AUGGGACAAGUGGUUCUCCUAAGGGUCGUUCUCAGCAUGGGUGUGGUGGACUUGAUCUGCGCCACGCUUCAGGGCCAGGUAGAAACUGCCGAUUAUGCUGGCUUCUUGAAAAUCCGAGAUAUACGUGUUUCUUAUGAGAAAUUAAGGAAACUUAACAAAAAUCACUGUAAACUUCUUACGGGAAAAAUGACAGAAAUGGACAAAGUGGUUAGUGCACUACAAAACGAGCUACGAGAAGCCAAAGACAUGAUAUCACGGUUAGAACAUCAAAAAGUGGAAUGGGAACGUGAAUUCUGCAGUUUGAGAUGUACCUUAAAACAAGAAGAAGAAGAAGAAAGAAGAAAUGCUGAUAUUUUAUAUGAAAAUAUUAGGGAAAAGUUAAGAAGAAAAGAAGACGAAUAUAAGAAAGAAGUUGAAACAAAACAACAAGUUGAACUCGCUCUUAGAAUGCUAAACACGGAAUUGAAGGCCACAAAAAAUCAGGUUGUAGAAGAGCGCAGUGACACUCAGUGGCAACUUUCUCCAGAACAGAAGGCCAGAGUCUUACAAGAUGGAAGUCUAAACAAUCACUUUUGCAAGCAAAAGGAGCUAGAAAUGGCUCAGAAGAAAACUAAUUCUAAGGUAUCUUCUUUAGUUAUUUUGAAGUACAUGUGUAGAAGUGGCAGUGAUUGGUGCAAGAGCACUAGUUGUGGAGUGAGAAGACCUGGGGAGAGUCCUGCAGCUCACCGUUUUAAUCUCUCCAUUCUAGAAUUGUGA